AUGGCGCGAGUGUUUGUGGGCAAUUUGCCCGAAGACGUGCGGGAGCGGGACCUGUCCGACAAGUUUGACCGCUUCGGCCGCAUCGCUAGCGUGCGCAUCAAGUUCCCAGCGCGUCCUCCGCCUUUCGCGUUCAUUACAUAUGAUAACGAACAAGAUGCUAGUGACGCCGUGCGGACGAUGAACAACGCAAGUUUUGGUGGCAGUCGACUUCGAGUGGAAAUGUCCCGCGGCGCGGACGAAGCUCGUCCUCGGGGCACUCAAUUUCGUGUCAAGCUUACGGGUUUACCUGAUACCAUGAGCUGGCAAGACCUUAAGGACUUUCUACGGAAAGGGGGAGACGUUGUCCAUAGCGACGUCGAUCGCCGCGGGAAUGGCACGGCUUCAUUUGCUUCACAGGAGGAAAUGGAUCGUGCAAUUCGUAAAUUGGACGGCACGGACCUGGACGGAGACCGCGUUCGGAUCCGAGGAGAGGAGACUGGAGGACGCGUGCAGUCCGCGUCGCGCUCGCGUUCAAGAUCCCCGCCACGGCGUAUCAGUCGUAGACGCUCGCCGUCUCGCUCUCGGUCCCCGCGUCGCCCCAGCAGCCGAAGCAGUCGACGCGACCGAUCGCGCUCGCGCUCGCGUUGA